GUGAGUUUACAGCAGCUGUCACUUAGCUGAGCGGUCAAAGCUAACCUGGUGUGUAGCCAUUCUGUGACAGUGUGGGCGUACAGUGAUGGUAGGACCCUAACCUGAUGUCUCCCUAUACCUGCAGCCCGAUACAGCUAUUUAAAAAAAAAGUCAGACAGGCCUACCUCUUUGCCGCCAUCCGAGCCUGCCGAGGAGUUGCCGUGAGCUAGCCCACCCUCCCGAGCUGAAGAAAUUUAUGGACAAGAAGUUAUCACUGAAGUUAAGUGGUGGCAGACGUGUACAGGGAAUACUGUGGGGCUCUGGUCCCUUUGUGAAUCUUGUGAUUGAGCCUGUGGAGAUGGCAGCCAGCGGGCCACAGACUAACAUUGGAACGGUAGUCAUACAAGGCAAGAGCAUCAUGUUAGAAGCCUCGGGAAGAGUCCUCACAGUGGCCGUUCCGCAGAGGAGUCCACAUACCUCCCCAAAGGGCAGCUCUGACUAUGGUAGUGCGGAGGAAGAUGAAGAGUUACAAAGGACCUAG